UUAAUUGUUUAGAAAAGAAGCAGUUAAUUGUUUGGAAAAGAAGCAGUUAAUUGUUUAGAAAAGAAGCAGUUAAUUGUUUAGAAAAGAAGCAGCUAAUUGUUUAGGAAAGAAGCAGUUAAUUGUUAGUGUUAAAAAAGAAAUACUUGUAAAUUGUUCAAUGUUGAUAUAUUAAUUCUACAACAAAAUUACGAUUCCGUAUGAUAUUUAAAAUUCUGAAUUAAAGAAUGAACCCUUUUCAUUUUCCAACAACGCUUCUAAAAUUCUCUUAAAGGGACAAACGUAAUUUCAAGUGACCAUUUAUUAAAAAUUAAAAUAGGUACAUGCCGUUUCGCAAUAUUUCUCUUCAAACGUUUGCCUGGUCAAAAAUUAAGAAAGUACUUAUAUUUUUCAAUAUAAGAAGUACACUAUUAGAAGGUACCGUAGUGAAUCGGGCAUGUUAUAAUUCUUUGAUUGGAGGGUUAUUUGAAAUCACGUCGGCAGUCCCCUUAAGUAUAAAUUUCUUUAUUACCUAUUUCAUCUAGACUAGUUUUUAACCCAAAUGGUUUUUGGAUUGUAACACAGAUAGAAAAUUUUAUUUAAAACUUAAGAGAAUAUUUAUUAGAUAUGUAUGCGGCCCCCUUCAUUACCUUUUAAAAUAGCACCUAUAUAUCUGUACCUUUACACGUUGUUCUGUUACAAUUUUUACUUGCCAGAUUAAUCAGUAAUCACUGUGAUGUCAAAUCAAAAAAUAUUAAUAUUGUACAUUGUGUUUAACAUGUAUUUACGAUAUCAUUCCAUUGUUUAAAAGAGACUUUUGCUGGAAUUUCAAAUGAACCCGUCCCCAUUUAUAAACUGGCAUGUCUUAGUCACAACAGAACCCUAUAAAGGUUUGUCUGAACAAUAAUUAACGAGAUAUCCAUGUUUUUCACUUUUAAUUUGUUUUAGUUUUAUUUAAUUAAAAAUGAUUUGAGGAUUUUCACACAAUAAUUAAAUAGAGCUUAAAAUCUGCAAACACAACGAUAUCGUCCACUUUAUUGAUAAAAGGAAACUGUUGUGAAUCUGACAUACUCCUCUUUUUUGUUUUGUAAUGAAGGGUCACUUGAAAUUACAGCGACAGUCACUUUAAUCAAACUGAGUCCGAAUUUAAUAAAUUAAAAAUUUAAUUCGAGGCUUAAAUUCUUACAAUUCGGCCUCUGAACCUUUUAAAUACCCUAGUCAGUAAGAUUAGUCUUGUUUAACAUAUCUAGAUAUGAAAAAUAUCUUUAAAAACAUCAAAUCAAAAAAAAACUACUUGUUAAAUGUACAAUAUAUUCUAUGUUUAUUGUCAAUUCUAGAUAGCUAUAAGUAACCUGAUAUUGCACUGCAUGUUUAUAGUCAACCCAUCCAACCUAUCAUUAGGAUUAAUCUAAACUACCUUUUAGCAACUACCUCCGCUCGAACAUAAAGUUUGAAAAAAAUCAAAAAGUAUCUUGUUUUUCCACCGCAAUAAAAACAAAAAUAUAGCUUCACUCGAUAACCAAAACUUUAAACCAUUUUAACAAGAAGUUUGUAAUCAAUAGCUAUACACCUUUUAUUAAAAAUUUUUAUUAUUUUUUGAUAAAAGAAAUCAAGACAUUUUCGUCAGCAAGGUUUAUUACCGUAAAUUGAAUUUUUAAAUGCGGGUAUUUUCCUUCUUUCUGAUUCACAACUUACAAUUUUUGUACAGUUAGCUUACUUUUUUCAAAAAUCCAUUUUAGCUAAUAAAUAUCUUGCUGUUACGCUAAAUUGCCGCUUUAGGGAUUUUAAAUUUAACCAGAAGCAGCCAAAAGUCAAACCCCGUCAACCUAGUUGUCAGUUUAUUUGGUGUCAUCGGCGGGGCAGUACAAACUUGUGCCGUAAAAUGUCGUGUCAGCUCAGAUUUAAAUGUGCAUGAGUUGAGUGUGACUGUAUCUAAUGUUUUCUUAAACAAGGUGGCUGGUGAAUGAUGAUUAAUAUUUCUUAAUUCUAUAUUUGUUUUUAAGUUCAAAGAUCAAGUAUUUAUCUUAGAAUUGAUAGAAGUUUAGUGAGUUCUGUCUCAGUAUACACACAAGUGGGUUUCAAGAGAUAUAACAAAUGCUUAGGAUCCGUCCUAAAAAUAGAUCCGGACCAAACUCAAAAAAAAAAUACAGAAACUACAUAUUUUUGGAUUUUUUCCUCACUUUCCCACGGGUUUAUUUGGCUGACUACAUCCUGAUUCUGAACCUGAAGAGCUGUAGUUUAACGAGUCCCUUCAUUUAAGUUGGGUAUGCCCGAGUUACAGCAGCGCUCUUUUAAUCUGUAUAUGAUCAACAAUGUGGAAGAUAACGUCGUUUUUUAAUGUUCUAUGUAGAAGCUACGUUUGAAAACUAUGAAAAUUGAGAAAGAUCAGAUUUAAGGGGUAUCGUUGUGGAUCGGGCACUGGAAAUUAAAAAUAUUGGAGAUUCUAUGGAUCCAUAGCACUGCUCGUAGUUUUUCCUCACAGUAAAUAAUAAAUGUACUGUCGUUCUGUAAUAUGCUCACAAAAAUAAACACUAAGGGACUGUUCACGUUAUUUUAAAGAUAUUACAGAAGUUCUUCAAGCAUUCACAGUUCACACAUUUAUGAUGACGCUAAGCCGUUUCUUGAAACUGUGAAUCGUUGAUAUGACACUUUUUAAAUUGAUUGUCAGUUAAGAUACGCUAACAGUCCCUUUUUUAAAAACAGGGUUUGUUGGAAAUCCGCUUGUAGUGAAUAACGAUAUCUUGAUGUAAUAAUAACAAUGAUAAUAAUUAUGCUUGUUAAAAAUGUUGAUAAAAUAUAGUUGUAUAAUGUAUACGGGUGAUCCAAAAAUGUCAACAAAUUAUUGUUAAUGCUAAGAAAUGAUUUAUUUAUUAGUAUAAAAUUACAUGUACCCCCCCUACCUUCAGUACCCACUUUUUUAUUUCUAUCUUUAAACAUUUUAUAAAACAUUUAUCGUAUAAAAAUAAUGUUUUUAUUACAACAUUGUUAACAUAGCAUUUCUUUUUUAUCUUUAAACAUUUUAUAAAACAUUCAUCUUAAAAAAGUUAAGCUAUUUAGUUUUUGAACAAACUGUUAUUAAGAAAAACUGGUGAAUUUGUUUACUGUGAUUUUUGCUUAGUAUUGAAUUAUCCGUUGUGCUGAGAAGAAAUUAAGUUUAUGCAUUAUCAGUUUUUACAUAAUUUUAACAUUAAUACUCAGAAGCUUUUUCUUCAAUAUAAUAAAAUUUAACCCCCCGCCCCCCCGAUGUGUGAUAAAUGUUAGCUAUUGAUUAAAGUCAAAAUUAAUCUUAAGAUUUUUUUCCAUAAAUUUGCAUAUUGAAUGUAAAAUGUAGAAAAUUUAAACAAAAAAAAAUUUAUGUUAUUGUACCUAAUAUAUAAUAGAUCCCAAUAUAUUAUAUCUAUCGUUUAUGUGAUCAUUACUAGAUAAGUUCGUGGAGAGAGAUGGCAAUAUAUAUAUAAAUAUGUAUAUGUAUAUUUAUCGUCGUGUUAUUGUUUCAGAUUAUAGAAUGCUUGUUAAGGAAUACAGAAUAUGUAUGCCACUGACAGUAGAAGAG